CUGGAGUGGGCGGGAUCCCCGGCUGUCAGUGCUGCUGUGUUCCCGGGGAUGGCGGUGUGUGCCCGGUUGUGCGGGGUCGUGCACUCCCGGGGAUGUCAGCAGAGGCAGCCGUCCGGAGGAGGCAGCGAGACGGAGCUGGAGGAGGGCGGACGCGCGGAGCGGGUGGAGGUGCAGCCGGCGCCCCGGGGACCCCGCACCCUCCUGCAGCUGCCGCCCGAGCUCCUGGUGGAGAUCUUCUCCUGCCUGCCCGGCCCCGAGCUGCCCCCGCUGGCCUUGGUGUGCCGGAAGUUCCGCCAGAUCCUCAGCACCGACACCAUCUGGAGGCGGCGCUGCAAGCAGGAAUACGGGGUUCAUGAGAACUUACGGAAGCUAGAAGUCACGGGGGUGUCCUGCCAGGAGGUUUACGUCAAACGUAUUAACCCGAGGGUGAAAUCUGGGCGCUUUAUGAAAAUCCUCCCCGACUAUGAGCACAUGAAGUAUCGCGACGUGUAUACCUGCCUUCUGCACCAGUAUCGGGACAUCCUGGGGCUAUGGCAGCCCGACCUCGGCCCGUACGGAGGACUACUUAAUGUGGUGGUAGAUGGUUUCUUCAUCAUUGGCUGGAUGUACCUACCUCCUCAUGAUCCGCACGUCGACGAAGCAAUGAGGCUGAAGCCCGUCUUCCGGAUCCACCUGAUGGAGAAGAAGUCCGCCACAGUGGAAUGCAUGUACGGGCCCAAGGGGCCCCACAGCGGUCAGAUCCAGAUGGUGAAGAAGGAUGAAUUCUGUACCAAAUGCCUGCAGACCGAUUACCACCGGAUGUCCGGAGGGCGGCAGGAGGAAUUCCGGACGUGGCUGCGGGACGACCUGGGCCGGACGCUGGACGACAUCUUCCAUGAACACAUGCAGGAGCUCAUUCUCAUGAAGUUCAUUUACAUCUGCCAAUAUGACAACUGCCUUACUUACCGGCGCAUUUACCAUCCCCCGAGCCGGCCCGAUGAUCUGCUGAAGCCUGGCUUUUUUAAGGGCACCUACGGGAGCCACGGCCUGGAGAUCGUCAUGUUGAGCUUCCACGGGACGAUUGGCAAGGCCACGAAAAUAACGGGUGACCCCAAUGUGCCAGCUGGACAACCGACAGUUGAGAUUGACCUCACCCGCCCGGUGCGGCUCCCGGCCCUAGAACAUUUGCGGAAUAUCGAUGAACUGUCGCGGCUCAUCAUGGACAUCCAUGAGCAGAUAAACCGAGAGCAGCGGCUAGCGGGAAGGGAGGAGGAGGAGGCGGCGGCGGCAGGCGUCCAGGAGGAGGAGCCAGAGCCACCACCGCCCCUAAAAACGCAGAACAGACAAGUGGAGGGGCAGCCCCCCGAUCUCCAGGUGUUCGCUCUUCCAGAGGAGGUGUUGGCGAGGAACGAAGACUAUCCCCGGAGCUGCAGGAUGUGCUUCUUUGGGACGGGUCUGAUCGCCGGCCAUGGCUUCAGCAGCCCGGAGAGGACGCCCGGCCUCUUCAUCCUCUUCGACGACGAUCGCUUUGGGUUUAUUUGGCUGGAGCUGAAGUCGUUCAGUUUGUACAGUCGCAUGAGGGACAAGUUUCAGAACUCGCAGCCGCCAUCACUAGAAGCCUUCGACGCAAUGCUGAAAGCUAUGCAACUAUGGACAACCUAGAGGCCACGCUCCCAGAUUGGGCCCCCACCCCCCCCUCGCCUGCGCCUUCACAGUGGAAGAGCCUGCUCCGCGCACGUACCCUGUAACCCUUUGUGCGCCAGGCACUGCGAGGUUCCAUUAAGACUUAUGAUUUCUGAAGUGAUGCUUUUAAGAAGGAAAUUAGAAGCGAAGCUCAUGUAAUAUAUAUAUAUAUAACCAGCCUGACCCAUGUAAUAAUCUAUACAGACGGGGGAGAUUACCAGCUCUUAUUUUUCUACAUCUUUCUAUGGCUAGAUAACAGAGGUCCAAAUCUAGAACUGAAGUGGACUGGACCGGAACACGUCACCUGGCAGUGCGCUGUCCCUGUUAGGUGCUUGUAAUACCACUUGCUGCCACCAGAGGGCGCUCUAACACCGACCUGCAGCGUUGUGCUCCUGCGGCCACAAGGAUGAUGGAGGAGACGAAUAUGGAGAAAUGGCGCGAUCGUGAUGAUGGAGCCGCACAGGGAACGGGA